GACCUCGGAGCCUGAGUCCCAGGGCAUAUCUAAAAUGAAGCCACCCAACCAGAGAAGCGUGUCUCCCAGGGAGAAAGCCUCAACUCUUCCCGACUCCAGCAGGACUUGGGAUGCCCCUGGGGACAGCUCUCCCAGCACCAGGAGAGCAGCUGUCCCCAUGAGCACAGGAGCAACGACAGCCACUGCCAUCCCUCACGCCUCCCUUGGGUCCCAGGAAAGGAGCCGAGACUCCUCAGGUCCCAGCAAGGCCCUGAAAACUACAGGACUCUGCAUACCUAAAAGCUUGAAAGACAGUGCUCUGCUUGAAGAUACAGCUUCUGCAUCUGGAAAGAUAUCACAUGCCGGCCCCUCUGUGCCAGUGGCGACUGACAGGACCCUGUCAGGGAGCACAGAGAGCCCUGUGACAGACAUUGACAAGUUCAUUGAGGAAGCCUCCGAGGCAAAGCUUUCUCAGUCUCCUCAGAAAGCAGACAGCAGGGCUCACCAGGACCUUUUCGAAAGUCAGCCACCAGGUGGAGCUGGGGGUGGCAGUUCCCAGCAUGCUCAGCCAGUCAGGAGUGACCAGACAUCCUCCCCGAGGAAGACUGGAGGUGCAGGCUCACCCCCACCCCCUCAGUGGACCUUCCAGCCUUCCGUUCUGGAUUCUAUCUAUCCUGACAAACAUUUGGCUGUCAACAAAAACUUUCUGAACAACUACUCUAGAAAUUUCAGCAGCUUCCAUGAAGAUGGCAUCUCCCUAUCAGGCCCUGGUGGCAGUUCAGAGCUGUCGCCCUCGUCCAUGUAUGGAGAUGCUGAAGACUCAUCUUCAGACCCUGAGUCUCUCGCUGAAGACCCAGGAGCAGCUGCCAGGAAAAACUGGUCACCUCCUCCCUCUCAUGAGUCGUCUCAUAAGGAAGGUAGCAGUGAGUCUGAGGAUGAGCAAAUAGAAAUCUGUGCCACAAAUGGCUGCCCUGAGCCCCCAAUGCCUGCCCAUCCUGCCCAGGAUGCACUCUGCCUAGUUCCAUCCAUACAGCAGCAGAGUGUUGUGAGCGAGCCGCUGGAGGACUCCUGUGAGAGAGCCUGCUUCAUGCCAGGAGCCUCACACACUUCCAUCCCAGGCUCGUCCCAGCCAUUUCCUUUCCUGGAUGUAAGCUCUCAGGAGCGUGAGACAUGGGCGGGCAUAAACGCUUCACGGAGCCACGUGCCCGUAUGCACAGAGGAAAUCAUGGCCGUCGCCAGCACAGGCUCAGUCAUGGGAGACAGACAGUCUUCCCAAAUGACCAGAUCUUGUCAAAACUCUCCAUUUGUGCUUCGGAGCCCAGAUAUGGUAAACGGCUUGGGACGUGACCUGCUGGAUGAGGGAACCCCAGACGAACGAGCAGCUUCUGCCGGUGUGGUGCGCAGUGUGUACGCUCUGGGGGCCGAUGGCCCUAAGAACGGAGAGGCUGUUUUGGCAAACCUACACAUCGCCAAGGGCCACAACCUGGACGACUUGCUACAGAAACCAAAACCAAUCCCCAGGAGACCUAUCGUGACCUGGUUUAAAGAAAUAAAUAAGGACAGCCACGGCACACAUUUGCAGAGCAAGUCUGAGAAGGAACAGUCCUCUGUGCCGGCUACGAGUCCUGGCUCAAAAGCCGACUCAGUGAACGCCAGCCACAGAAAGGGGUUAGCUGUGCCUAAGGGUCCUCCUCCACAGCAGAAGAGUCAGGAAAAUAACGACCUGCCCCCUAAAAGUCCAGUGGAAACACUGAGUAACUGUCAGAAACCCAAGUGCAGCCCUCAGCUGAAGAGGCUGAACAGUAAAAACAAAGCCAGUCCUGAGGUACCCGUGGCCAGUUCCACUAAGGGCAACAAGACGGACCACAGGAAGACCUUGCCGUCACCCCAAGCCUCCCAUAAAAUGCUUUCUAAGGCGGUGUCACACAGGCUCCACAUAGCUGACCAAGAGGAGCCUGAGAACACUGCUGGGGACACCCCCAAGUCUCCCCAGCACAUGCCGGAGAGCAAGCCACCCCUGGCUGCCUCUGGCUCUCUGAGGACCUCUGAGUCCGACACAAACAUUAGAACCUUUACUUCGCCCCUGACCUCCCCCAACCCUCUCCCCGAGCAAGGUGCAAACAGUAGGUUCCACAUGGCUGUCUAUGUGGAAUCUGAUACAAGUUGUCCAACCACCUCCAGGUCCCCUAGGUAUAGACCAGAGGGCAAGGUGCCCCAUGCUAACUCUGGGUCAGUGAGUCCCUCAGCAUCAAGGACCAACAUAGCCUUGGCAGGGAUCAGACAGAGCAAGCAGAUCAUACCCAGCCGGGUAGACUUGGUGGUAUCAGAAGCAGCCCAGUCCCACAGCAUCGGUGAGAAAGGAAUAGAAAAAAGGGCUAGUGAUCCCCCAGAAAGGACAAGCCAGCUAAAAAUAGUUGAAAUUUCUUCUGAAAGAAUGCCAAAGAAUGCAUGUGGUGACAAGCCACCCGAUAGUGACAGGAAGGGAGGAUUCUUGACCCAGAGCAAUUGUCAGGAGAAGAGUGCAGUCAGACUCCGGCAGUCAGCAGAAUCGUCCCCAAAGCAUCCACCCUUCCCUCCCUCUCAGGCCUCCCAGGUGGAACGGGAAAUGCGCUGGUCCUUCAGCAUGGCCAAACUGGCCUCUUCCUCCUCCCCGCAGCUGCCAGCCAAAAUGCCAGGUUCCUCCCAGGGCAAAUCAAGCCAAAUGUCAGCCUCCUUCGGGGUCCCCAAAAAUGGUGUAUCCAUAGGCUUGGCCGGAGAAGAGCACCCCUACUUCACACCAAGGCCAGCCACCAGAACUUAUUCCAUGCCAGCCCAGUUCUCAAGCCACUUUGGACGAGAAGGUCCUUCCCCAGACAGCCCGAGUCACUUGCCUCAGGACCCCCGGGUCCCUGCGACAAGUGACAAUCUCUCUGAGAAGACAGCCAAACGCUUGACUAAUGGACAGACCAUAUACAGCGUGAAGCCUCUGCUGGAAACGUCAAAGAAUCUGCCACCAAUGGAUGGGGGGGAUGUCAGUGCGGUCCCUGAGACGAGCUGCCUCAUCCCAGACAAAGUCAAAGUCACCAGGAGACAUUACUACUGUGAGCAGAAUUGGCCCCACGAAUCUACCUCGUUUUUCUCUGUGAAGCAGAGGAUCAAGUCUUUUGAGAACCUGGCCAAUUCUGACCGGCCUGCGGCCAAAUCUGCCACAUCCCCGUUCUUAUCUGUGAGCUCCAAGCCUCCCAUGAACAGACGGUCAUCUGGCAGUAUCACUUCAGGGAGUCCCAGUGAUGUGACCACAAGGUCACUGAGACGCAGCUUGAGUUCCUGCAGUGAGAGCCAGAGCGAAGCCAGCAGCCUUCUCCCCCAGAUAACUAAGUCCCCAUCCACCGUGACGCUGACUGUCUCCAGGCAGAAUCCACCAGAGACUAGUAACAAGGGCCCCAGCCCAGACUCGAAGAAAUCACUUGUCCCUGUGGGAAUUCCCACCUCCACAGUGAGCCCAGCCUCACCCAUCAAAAGGAACAAGUCCUCUGUGCGCCAUGCCCAGCCCUCCCCAGUGUCACGAUCCAAGCUCCAGGAGCUGAGGGCCUUGAGCAUGCCAGACCUGGACAAGCUGUGUAGCGGUGAGGACUACACUGCCAGCCCAGGGGCUGUGCUCUUUAGAACCCAGCUGGAGAUCACCCCCAGAAGGUCGCAAGGCUCCCCAGCUACCUCUCCAGCUGGCUCCCCAGCUAGAGGUCAUGCAGAUUUCAAUGGAUCCUCAGCCUUUCUUUCAUGUCCUGUGAAUGGUGGCACCAGAGUCUACCCCAAAGGAAACAGCCCUCCAGCCAGUGAGCGUGCAGGACCCACUGGAUCCAGGGAAGGGUGUGACUCUGUGUGGGCCAUGUCUCCCGGGAAAAGCUGGUCAGUUACUUUGGAUCAACUCCUUGCCUCGGUGGGGGACCAGCAGAGAUUACAGGCCGUUUUAUCAUCAGUGGGGUCAAAAUCCCCCAUCCUCACUCUCAUUCAGGAAGCGAAGGCACAAUCUGAGAUUAAAGAAGAUAUUUGCUUCAUAGUCUUGAAUAAAAAAGAAGGCUCGGGUCUGGGAUUCAGUGUGGCAGGAGGGGCAGACGUGGAGCCAGAAUCAGUCAUGGUCCACAGGGUGUUUUCUCAGGGCGCGGCUUCUCAGGAAGGGACUGUGAGCCAAGGGGACUUCCUUCUCUCCGUCAAUGGCAACUCCUUAGCUGGCUUAGCCCACAGUGAGGUCAUGAAGGUUCUGCACCAGGCAGAGCUGCACAAACACGCCCUCAUGAUUAUCAAGAAAGGGAAUGACCAGCCCAGGCCAUCCUUCAGGCAGGAGCCUCCCUCAGCCAAUGGGAAGGGUCCAUUCCCCAGAAGGACCUUGCCGCUAGAGCCUGGAGCUGGGAGAAACGGAGCCACUCACGAUGCUCUGUGUGUCGAAGUGCUGAAAACCUCUGCUGGGCUGGGACUGAGUCUGGAUGGAGAGAAAUCAUCCGUGUCUGGAGAUGGGCCACUGGUGAUUAAAAGGGUGUACAAAGGCGGUGCGGCAGAACAAGCUGGAACAAUAGAAGCGGGUGAUGAGAUCCUUGCUAUUAAUGGGAAGCCCUUGGUUGGGCUGGUGCACUUCGAUGCCUGGAACAUUAUGAAGUCCGUUCCAGAAGGGCCUGUGCAGUUAGUGAUUAGAAAGCACAGGGAGUCGUGAAUUUUUACAGGAAUCUCCUCCCCCAGAUUCACUUCUUUUAGCAAAUCAGAAUGACUUCUUUAAAUGAUGGGUUCUUGAAUCAACAAACGGUUUAGACAGAUAUCCGUGAUUGUACUUUUACAUGAAGCCCGAACUCUGGAAAUCACCUACCUGGACCGUCAGGGCUGGGCGGGCAUCAUUUCGUUCAGUGCCUCGGAUCAAGAGCUGACAUGCUCUUCAUCUGGAACACCUAGCUGUACCUUUGCAUCCCUCGUCACCUCUCCCAGCAUCAGUCCUGGUGAGUAGGGACCAGAGGAUAACACAAAUGCCCCAGCUAAAAUGAUAUAUGUAUGUAGAUUUAUAUAAUUUUGUACGUAAAUGACAUAAUGCUUUUAGGUACAUGCAGUGAAAGGCAGAGCUAUGGAUCUACGUAUGUUACCUUGAAAAGGAAAAUGAGACUUAAAGAAAAUGAAUUUAUGACCUAAUUGUUAGGCAGAGCUCAGGUAUUACCCAACCAGUGAAAAAGAUGACAAUUUUAAAAAGUGCUAUUUUUUAAUGAACGUAAUGUAUGAUGAGAACUUGGAAGUUCUGAUGGUUUUCUGUUUCAGAGUGUAAGUCAGAAGGCUGUUACAGAGCAACAGUUCUGAUGGAUUGCAAUAAAAAGCUGUGAGCUUCCCUGCUUGGGAGAAGGAAGUUCUAGCCGGAAAAGCACCUUGCAUCUAGUUUUCAAACUUGAGUACAUGGUCAAAUUCAAGACUGGUCAACACAAAAGCAGGCACAGUUGUCAUUGCCUUUCCAUUUCCACAUACGUGCACCACCACCGUAAUGGAAUUUUUGAGAGUCAAAUCCCUCAAAACUUGCAAACGCAGGCAUUCUGUGGUCCAAACCGAGGAGCGUCUGAGCAUCCCCUCGGGGAAAUUAUGUUAGUGUUGCCUCUUCACCCCUCCAGACCUAAAGAAGCAUAGAGUUUGUAGUCCAGUUCUCUUCCCUGACAGAGCUCUGUGAUGGCUCAACUUCUUGCUAUUUUCUUUUUUUCCUGUUUUGCCAAUUCUUUCUCUUGCCAAAACUGGGGUCCCGCAGACCAUUCUGACUCCGGCUGCUUGUGAAACUCCUCCGGCCGCUUCCUCCGGAGCCCUUCUUCUUCCGGCUGGCUCCGGAACUCUUCCUUCUCACAAGCUGGCUUUUCCUCCCUUUGCACUGACCAUCGUUUUCUUAAAUCCCAAAGCCUCACCAGCUUCAUUUACCAAACAAGGAAAAUGGAAAAACAGGGUGUGUCACUCUCAAGGAAAAGGACUAUAUAGUGUUCACCACUCUAUCCUCAGGUGGUGCCACCCAGUGCUGGGUCCCGGGGUCCUGGGUGGAAACUAUUUGCAAAUCCCGCAUGCGUGUGCAAUGCUCCGGGGUCUCGUUAACAGCUGGGUCUAGGGGAAAGAGCGCUGAGGUGCUUGAGCUGCUGUUUGUUGCCUUUGUACAUGUCAUCUGAGCCUGAUCCUGCUGGCCGUCUGCAGAGGAGACUCGGAGAGGGCCCGCAGGUGGGCGCAAAAUAACUGGCUCGUUUUCAACAGGUCUCACAAAGAAAACUACAGUCCAGGAGUUAGCUAGGAAAGCCUGGCUUAGCAUCUACUCUUCCUUACAGUUACAAGUAGGAUACUCUAAGACGUCAGUGCAAGGUGCAUGCUUGGUUGUUGUUUAAGUCUCCGGGUCAGUUUCUGCUUUCUUCUUACCUGAAUGAUAAUUUGAAGUCAGCACGGAAAUCCUUUUUUUUUUUUUCUUUCCUUUGUCUUUCUUUUUUUGCCUCUACUCCUUUACAGUCAUGCCUAUUAAGUCCUUUGUGAACAGACAGGACCUUGGGAACAAUGGUCUCUUUCCAAGUGUCCCCAAAGCUCCUAUCUGAAGAGUACAUGAAGGACCUCUGGCUUACUAUACUAUGUUAAGUCAUCAGGCAUUUGGACUGGAUCUUUCCAGAAGGUCUUCCCAGCUAACUGGGAAUGUAAGGGAAGAAGCAAGAGCUAGCCCUGUCUCUGACCCUGAGAUAGAAAGCUAUUUAUUUGUGUUGAGUGUUCAAGGCAUGACUAGUACUGCUUAGUCUAAUAAACCCCCCACACUUCCUGCAGUGAACACUAAUGGUAUUGUUCUAACCCUUUUUCUUUGUAAGUGGUCAGUCAUUCACAGUAAGCUAUGAGGUAAAAUGUGUUCUAACAUACAAACCGUAGUUGUAAGACAAUACCGUGAAGGCUCAAGUAGGCCAGGUUUCAGUCCCACCCUCCCACACACAUCACACUGCAUUGUAGGGUUGACUUUAGUUGGCACCACACCUGUACAUUAUACAUUCUUUAUUUAUGUAAAAUAAAAUGCCUUAUAUAUUAAAGAGUAAGUGCAAUAAUAUGAAAUGGCCUGUACAUUUAAAAAAAAAAUGUUGCCAAGCUAUGUAAAUCCACAUCUCUGUAAACAAUUUUUUAAAUAAUUUUCAAAAAAAUAAACACUGCUUACU